UCCAUUCGCCCCAAGUGGACCACCAUCUACACCCCAGUUUUGUACAUCCUGCUGAGCUAUCUAUACCUUCCACACUAUACUUGCUGUACCCACAUCUGCCGCUCGGAGCGCCGUCUAGACCCAAGGAACGCGUAACGCGACCCGUCGCCUGGGACGGACCUGUAUACCAACGCCAGGACUCAUGACCAGCGAUCCGCUCAUUGUACCAACGGUUGUGCCCGGAGGCUCUCUGCACUUUGCGACGAUCACUGCGGAGGGCACCGUACAAGAUGUCCUCGAUGCGCUCGUAUCGAAUGAGGAGGUGACCGCUGAGGUCUUGGGCGAUCUUGAGCCAUACGGGUGGGCCGUCCAGCGGAUCCGGCGCGAACACAACGGCCGCCAGUGGGAGGAAGAUGAGCUUGAGGCUCUGGGAAACGGGAUCCUCCCGCCAUCUUCACCCGUUGCACCGCUGCUGAACGCCCCCUCUCCGACGGCGCGCUCGCAGCGGCACUUCUCUGCAUUCCCGCUGACGUCUCAUCUGCAUACCCCGACCCUGCGCCUCGUCUCACUGCACCCCUUCUUGUCCUUGACGUUCUCGUUUCUGCGUGUUCCGGAGAUACACGAUGGAUUUCAGUGGAGGCUGUUCAUCUCACGAUCGUUGACUGUUCGGGAGGCUUUGGACGCGACGAUUGAGGAGCUGGGCUUGACGAAGGCCUUGCCCGUUCCGGGCGGCGGAGCGCUCGAGUAUGUUUUGGAGGAGGUCUGGUCGGAUGAUCAUACAGAAAGGUCGACCAGGCUACCUUCCGAGACUGUACUCUCCACCGCCCUGGAGAACGCGGUCGCCGCCAACCCUAUCGGUCCCGCGGCCUGUCGUUCCUUCAGGUUCUGUAUCCCAGAUGAAUGGUAUCGUCGCUCCAAAUCACGCUCUGUGUCAUCAACGUCAAGCGACGUCUCACAAGACACCAUUCGCCGCCUCGCGGAUCUGGAGGAAGAGGAUGAGGAUGAGGAGGAUGAAGGAGAGGGCACGGCGAAGGCGAAGGACCUUGAGGCGUCGACGAUCUUCGAGACAGCUCGCAGCGGGCAAUUCAGGGCCCCUAUGGACUGGCGUGGGUCGAUCUCGCAGAAUCGUUUCUCGAGCAUCCUGGAGAGCUGGAUGCGGCCUCAGAGUCCGACUGUGGAGACGAAGUCGCCUCCGGGAACGGAGAAGAAGGUGGUCAGCGAGCCGAGGCUGGUUGAGCAGAAGACGGGCGAUAGCGUCGUUAGCACGGCUAGUAACGAACAGUCCGAGGGCGUCGACUCGGCGGAGUUCGAGCAGAUGCUUGACGAUCUGGGUCUGAAAGGUCCGAAGCGCGAGGCCAUGUAUCGUCUGCCACCAGAGCAGAAACGGUACUUGAUGGAACAGAAUCAGGUCUCUAGGGCCUCAACGCUCUCGAAGACGGCUGCGUCCAGGUUCAACAAGGCUGCAGCAACGCCUUCGACUGUUGGUCCCGCCAGUGCCGCAGCAAUCCUUCCACGCCUUGUCCCUCAACUCACUGGGGACUCCGGCCUCAUGAAACGCUUCUCCAUCGCGGCUUGGGGUGCCAACACACCAGCCACUCCAUCCCCUCCGGAGUCGCCUCGUUCAAGCGUCGACCUGACUUCCAGACGGCGUGACUCGUUGAUCUCCUUGAAGUCGCAGACAGACAGGGGCGCUGAGUCGUCUACCCCCUUGCAGCCGCAAGCUACCGGAAGUCUGUGGAGCAGCUGGUGGUCAUCGUCUGGUGGGACGAUAGAGAAGGCGAAGGAAGCGGAGAAGACCCCCAGUUGGUAUGCGGCUGGGAUCCGCAAUGGGCGUACCACCGACACGAAGCUCGUCAAACAUCUCAUCUCCCUGCGCGUACAUCUGUCUACGGCUAAUCUUGCCUGGGUCGAGGAAUUCGUGACGACAGAAUCUGGAAUGAAUGUUCUAAGCGAUCUUUUGGCGCGUCUGGUCAGUAAAGGGGGCAAGAGGAAGAAGCUGACUGAAGUGGAGGAUACGGUUUUACUUGAGGUCAUCAAAUGCCUGCGGGCUUUGUUGAACACUGAGCCCGGCUUUCGCGAAGUCCUCGCGCAUCCGACGAUCAUCACUCACCUUGCCUACUCAUUACAUGGCUCAUCCGCCAAGCUCCGUACCUUGACUUCCGAAGUGCUCGCCGCGAUAUGCGUCCUGUCUCUGAAGGAAGGUCACAGAGCCGUCCUCUCAGCGAUGUCGGACUACCGGGUCGAAUUCGAGGAGGCCUUCCGCUUCCAAGAACUCAUCGCUUCCAUGCGACUGCCGGACGUCAGCGAUGAGGAGGCCUCUCCUACGGAGGAUGGAUACAGCAACGAGGAGGAAGGCGUGUGGGAGGCUCGGACAGCAUCGAUGGCUCUAGUCAACGCGCUCACAAACUGCCCGGACUCACUGGAGGAGCGUAUAUUGCUCAGAGAGGAGUUCGGCCGACGAGGGUUGAACGAAGUCAUUGUGACGCUCCGAUACAUGAAACCGCCCGAAUCCUUGGUGACCCAACUCGAUGUCUAUACAGAAGAGAAGUUCGAGGACGAGGAAGAUAUGCGCGAACGUGCGCGCGACACCUUGUCAGAUCAUCGGGGAUCAAGGUCGGAGUCGGAUCCAGCGUUGGAUGACUUGCUGCAUUCGGCCAAGCAGCAAGAGAGCAUAUACCCCAUGUUGUUAAUGGCGCUCAAGCGGUACGGAGAUAUCAUUGACCGAGAUGUCGAGUCACAAGUUAAGGCGGACGUGCUCACUGUCACCAACAAGUUCGUUGAGCAAGCGUCUGCCCUUGAAGACUUCGACGACGGCUGGUGUGCCUUCCUCAAGCACUUUGCAGACUCUGUUCAGUCGGUCACAGGACAAGUUGUGGACGUCAGACUCGCCUCGGAGACGGAUCACUCAGUACUCCAAGAUGAAAUUGAGCACCUUCGUGCCCAGGUCGAUGAGCUGACUGCCGAGCGAACCAAGCUCCAGAACGAGCUUGAACAACAAUCCGUGGAGCUCAGUACCCUGAAAUCCAUUCCUGCUGUGCCCGCGUCUAUAGGCCGCGCUGCUGGUCGAGGCAAUCCCGAGUCCACGCAAGGCUUCCAUGGCUUGGUCCAGCGCCUGGUCCAAAAGGAGAAACAGGUGCUGCAAUUGCAGGGCGAGUUGGAUCGUCUGAAGGCCCAGAAUCCCGCCGACACCCGCGAGAAUGACGACAAGGCAAGGCGAGAACGUGACAGGGUCAAGUGGCACACGCUUAACGAAGAGAUCACCAACCUUAAGUCCCAGAUCCAUGACCUGGAGAUCACCGCUGGCAUCAAAGACAAGGAGAUUGUUUACCUCAAACGCGCUCUUGAAUCUGUGUACUCGCGAUUCCGAUCUCGAGAAGAGAGUAGGGAACCAGAGUCGCGAGACCCCGAGGUCAACGCUGAGUUGAUGGCUAGCCGGGCGAUCGACAGUCUCACCAGGAAAGACGAAGAAAUCGCCGCCCUCCGCUCAGAGAUUGAGGAUCUCAAGCUCCAGCUUGCCGCAAAGCCGAAGUUCAUCACUGAGAAGGACUACAAGUCGCAGGUCGCGCCUCCGCCACCACCUCCACCACCUGCCAAGCCUGUCCGUUCAACGACGGCCCCGGUCAGUGGGCUGCCGAAUGCUAGCAACGGUGUAGCUCCUCCGCCUCCUCCACCGCCUCCACCGAGGCCUCCAAUCUCCCGGACGAAUUCUAUGGGACAGGCAUCACCCACAUUGAACGAUCCUCCCUCACCACCACCACCACCACCACCACCACCACCACCACCACCACCACCUCCGCCGCCUCCGAUGUCUCCCACAUCUUCUGCGAUUUCGAAGUCGAAUAAGCGCCUCAAGCCGUUCUUCUGGAACAAGCUCAACACGCCGACAUUGCCGACUACGGUAUGGGGCGAGAUACCCGGAGAGUUCUCCUUCGACAUGGAUGAUCUUGAGUCCACAUUUGCCAUCGAAAAUUCACCGUCCACGAGUUCGCAGAUCAGCGUAACGUCGCCAAAGAAGCAGAAUGUAACGACUCUGCUGGACAUCACGCGUGCCAACAACGUCGCCAUUAUGCUCACCAGGAUAAAGAUCAGUCCUGCCGAUAUACGCAAAGCUCUCCUUGAAUUGGACGACCAACGCCUAUCCAUUGAUGAUCUCCGAGCUAUCAGCCGUCAACUCCCUACUUCCGAUGAGAUCGCAAGAUUGAAGGACUUCGGCGACGUCAGCAAGCUUGCGAAGGCGGACCAAUAUUUCAGCCAGAUAAUGACUAUACCGCGUCUCUCGGAACGUCUCGAAUGCAUGCUUUAUCGGCGCAAGCUUGAGCUCGAGGUCGAGGAAACUCGCCCUGAGCUCAACAUCGUUCACAUGGCCGCAAAGGAGCUGCGGGGGUCGAUGAAGUUUAAGCGUGUCCUACAGGCAGUGUUGACAAUUGGUAACGCUUUGAACGGCUCGACAUUCCGUGGUGGAGCAAGAGGGUUCCAGCUUGAGGCCUUGCUCAAGUUGAAGGAGACGAAGACAGCAAGGGGUACACCAGACUGUCCAACGCUCCUGCACUACCUCGCGAAGAUCUUGCUGAAGACCGAUCCUUCUCUUACCACAUUCAUUGAGGAGAUGCCCCAUGUCGAGGCCGCAGCACGAGUUUCCGUGCAAACCAUUCUUGCCUCUGUCCAGUCUCUUGUUGGAGGCAUGAAGCAAGUUAACGAGGAGAUCCGACAAAUGCAGAAGCUUCGUACUCCUCAGGAUCGCUUCACGGUAGUCAUGCAGCCUUUCGUACUGCAAAUGAGCGCCAUAGUUGACUCCUUGAAGAAUAUGGGAACCUCACUGGAUACUGAGCUGCGCUCUCUGCUCUCUUUCUACGGAGAGGAUCCCAGCUCCCCUGAGGCGCCGAAGCCGGAGGACUUCUUUGGGCUCGUUCUCUCCUUCUCCUCGUCCCUCCAGAAGGCAGCGCUCGAAGUGCAUGAUGCCAUGCCCAAGGCCGUUACGCCCUCUCCCAUCAUCACUAUUGAAGAGGAGCCUGCCUCUCUAAGCGAGGAAGGGACUGUCAAGCGCAAGGAGGGCGACACCCUUCGCCCCCCUCCCUCGUCACAAAGUCGCGCAACAGGCCGAUCAUUUGGACGUGGCGACCUUGACCAGGCCAUCCGCAGUAUGCGCACCGGCCGGAGGAGAGACCGCAACCCCGCAUCACGCCCGCUCAGCAAGAUCUUCGUCGAUGGCACACGGUCCAGUCGGAUAUUCGACCCAUAG